UCAAGUACGAGUUUGAGUUGCAGUAUGUUCCAGGCAGCAAAUUGGUUGUUGCUGACACAUUGUCACGAAUCCCAUCACGGGAACAACCAGAAAAAGGCACAACGGACGUUGAAGUUCAUGCCGUGGGCGCCCUGACUGCCGUCGUCGGACCAGCCACCCUAUCCCGUCUGCAGGUAGCAACUGCCAGUGAUGCAACGGCGCAAGACGUCAUCUCCAGGCUGCAGUCAUCAAUGCCUAUAGAAGGUGAACUAAAGUCCUUCACACAAGAACUUUCUGUAGUCAACGGAGUACUCCUCAAGGGAACCAAAGUAGUCGUGCCUGCAAGCAUGCGAACAGAGAUGCUGCGACGAGUGCACCAAGGGCAUCUCGGCUUAGGAAAAUGCAAAUCGAGGGCUCGCAAGUUGAUGUAUUGGCCAGGAAUGUCAACAGAUAUUGCUCAGUUCAUUGACAGGUGUGACGUUUGCAAGAAGUUUGCUUAUCGACAGCCUGACGAGCCCCUGUGCCAGCGCAGCGUUCCAGACAUGCCAUGGGCCAGAGUUGGUACAGAUCUUUUUCAACACGCCGGAAAGCAUUUUUUGGUUGUCUAUGAUGCCUACUCUAAUUUUCCAGAAGUCGAGCACCUGAAGGAGACCUCUGCAACAACUGUCAUUCAUAAACUACGUCAGAUCUUUGCAAGGCAUGGAAUACCACUAGAAGUUUGCAGUGAUGGCGGCCCGCAGUUUGCGUCAAAAGAGUUUAAAGAUUUUGCGGCUCGUUAUGACUUUGUGCAUACGAUUUCAAGUCCACGUUUUCCCAGGUCCAAUGGGCUCGCCGAGAAGGGCGUACAAGUGGUCAAGCGGCUUCUGGGCAAGACUGAGACCAAGAAAGAGGACUUCUAUUUGGGCCUUCUCAACUACAGGGUGUGUCCUCUCGAAGAUGGCCGUUCACCAUCGGAACUGCUAAUGGGACGAAGUCUAAGAACGCUACUUCCAAAUUUUUCAGCGUCAUCCUCAGGUCUCGUUCAAAAACAUGUUCAGGCAAGGACCUCAGGAAGACCACUACCUCCGCUACAGAAGGGAGACGUCGUCCGAAUCCUCCGAAAUGGUAGAUGGGAUAUCAAAGCGCAAGUCCAAGAUCUCGUGGCCCCGAGAUCGUACACCGUUCUGACUGAGGAUGGCCGGAUUUUCCGUCGAAAUAGACAGCACCUUCGCAAAACACCAGAAGCGUUCUAUCGAACCAUCCAUUACCAGGCGGACGACUGCGACGACGCCCCUGAUUCAUCUCCGAGCGCUGUCACACAGCAGAGGCAAGAACCUCCGCAGGCCACACAGGACCGACCACCAGCAGGCACACCAGGAGUGCCCAACAUUGCAGAUUCACUGCGACGAUCUACCAGACCGCGAAGACCCCCAGACCGCCUGGCCUACACGCACGGGUUCCAGCAGACUGAAACAGCCUAGGAGUGUCGACUGCUACGCAUCG